CUAUUUACAAAAUUCGAACAUUAUCAUCGUUCUUUUAUAAUGGUUUUUGUGGCUAGUUUCUCUCAAAACCCAUUCCCAUUUCUCAAAGAAGCAUCUAAAUGGUUUUUGCAAUUUGUUUAUCUCAAAACCUUCUUUUCUUGAAGCCAUAUUCAUCCAAUGUUGAUGCCACUUUACAAAUCAAGUGUUGCUCACAAUCACAAAGCAAAUCAAUCACAUCUAAUAUUGAAACAAAGAAAAGGUGUUUGAGAUGCAACACCCUUUACUCAGAUCAACAUAAUUCUCCAGCUUCUUGCUCUUUCCACGGUCAUACAAAUGGCUUCGGGAAGGUUGAUGAUAGCUCAUUUGACUGUUGGAAAGGGUCCAACUGUCAUGUGUCAGAUUGUGGAAAAAAUGUUUGAAGGUUACUUUAGAAGUUGGAGAAUGAUCAUUCUUGAACAUGGAAAAUGAUAUUCGUCAUUUUUUAGUCAUGCCUUUUAUUCUUUGAUAUUUUGGAGUGUUUCUUUCGCUAAUGUGAGAGUUGUACAUUCCUUGUAAAGUACUGGAAAUGCAUUUGUAAAUUGCAAGAGUUUUCCUUGCAUUAACAGAUGAUUUGAACUUUCUUGAUGAAAUGAAAAACGUGGAGAACGUUCUUGGUUUUCCAGAAUCUUGUCAAGAACA